AAUAGCUGUUUGUUUUUGUAGAUGCAGCUACACCAGGUUCCUGUCACCACCACUGUAAAUAAUCAGAGCCUAUAAUGGCUCAGAAAGCAGGACUCGGGCGGAGGUAUAUCAGAGCUUUUGUUAGCGGCUUUUUCGUAGCAGUUCCCGUGACGGUGACUGUUUUGGACCGGCUUGCCUAUGUAGCGCGAGUGGACGGUGCCUCCAUGCAGCCCUCGCUGAACCCGGAGGGAGCCUCAGCGCCUGAUGUUGUGCUUCUCAACCGCUGGAGUGUGAGGAACUAUCAGGUGCAGCGCGGGGAUAUCGUGUCAGUUGUGUCCCCUAAGAACCCAAAACAGAAGAUCAUCAAGCGAGUUAUUGCUCUCGAGGGAGACUUUAUCAAGACUCUGGGCUAUAAAAACCGUUACGUAAGGGUUCCAGACGGACACCUGUGGAUCGAGGGCGAUCAUCACGGCCACAGCUUCGACAGCAAUACAUUUGGACCGGUCUCUCUUGGGCUCCUCCAUGGCAGAGCGUCUCACAUCAUCUGGCCCCCAAACCGGUGGCAGAAGAUCAAACCGUCUGUUCCUCCUGACCGCAGACCUCUGCUCAGCUGGGGAGGAUCAACAGAAGAUGAGGACGACGAUGAUGAUGAAGAAAAAUGACCUUUUUAGAUUACCACACAACCACAUUACCCUCAUCUACAGACUAGCUGCGGACUGGACUGUAACAUGUAUGAGCUGGUUGAAAAGGCCAAAUCAGCGUUUCAGAGAGGAUUUUUGUUUUGUAGAACCAUUAAAUCUAGCAGUUUUAGUUUGAGCUAACAGUCCCAUACUUAGUUCUGUUCAUAGAACUGUCAAAGUCAUUUCUGCAGAUGUUUGUUCUUUGUGUGUCUGAAUGCGCAAAAAGGAGUUUAUGGUCAUUGAACUAAUACAUAUAAGCCUUUUUAAAAACUGCUGAGAUGUGUUUCAGUUAUGUUCUGUUGUGUUACUACAAAGAAAUAAAUGAUGCGAAUACA